AUGGUUAUUCCCUGUGUCCUUGAAGAAAUGAGCAGUUCUGGAAAAAAGCGCAUAGCCACGAAACAGAAGAGAACUUCCGUCGAGAUAGAACAGAGUGCGGAUUCGUCGGAUUCGAGACUGAGUGGAGCAUCCGACGAAGGCCGUCGGGAUACGAGUUCAUCAAUCGGUUAUGUGUUUAGUGUGACGGCAUCCUGGAUAUCCACUGCUACUCUGUUCCCUGCAGAGCUACACAGUGAUAAUUUAGCUGAGUUGCCUUCGGUUUCCGGAUUGCCAGCGCCUAUUGCUCAUUUGGUCCGGCAGAAGAUAAAGUCCUGGUUCCCCGUACAGAAAGCAGUUCUGCCAGAUCUUCUCAAAGAUAUAAGUCACGUUCCUUUAUUACGUCCACGCGACAUAGCUGUUUCGGCUCCAACAGGAUCUGGUAAAACACUGUGCUACGUACUGCCAAUCUUGACUCAGGUAGGGCCGAGGCCUAAUGGGUGCCUACAGGCACUUGUUAUUGUUCCAGUUCAAACACUUGUGAAACAAAUAGAGAAGGAAUUUGCUACUUAUAAUGGCUGUGGAGCCGUGGUAACAGCGCUGUCUGGUGCGACAGAUUUUUCAAAAGAGCAACGUCAUCUGGCGCCUGAUGGCGUGUGCACGUCGAACGUCAUCAUUUCUACUCCUGGACGGCUAAUGGACCAUCUUACGGACACAUCUAGUGGCAUAAAUUUGUCCUCGCUGAGAUUUUUGGUUGUUGAUGAAGCCGAUCGAAUGGGCCCCAUGGUGAGGCAAGAAUGGUUGGAAACUGUCGAGCGUCGAAGCGGAUGUUUGGCGCGUUGCGCUAACCUUGCGGACAUUGUUGCGUCACGGUGGGCUCCACGAAAAAUCCUAUUGUCAGCGACAUUAUCGAAGGACAUCGAAGAACUGCACGUGUGGAAUCUUCAUCAGCCACGUUUUUUUCGUGCUUCUGCUUCAGCUAAUAAUGAGGUAGACACGAAAAUCCAAUCAUUGAACCAUGUUUCGGGACCAUUGUCUCUUCCAUCGAGCAUUCGGCACACAGUACUAGUUGUAGAGCAAAAGUAUCACCCACUUGUUCUGUAUUUGAAAAUCAUAGAACAUAACUGGGAGAAAGUUCUUGUUUUUACGAACGAGAAUAAACGCUUUAGGGAUGCAUCAGUACGACUAGCAAUUCUUAUUUCCCGCCUUGCUCGGUCUUCGUUCAAAGUUGAGAACCUAACAGGAGAUUUAUUCGGAAACCGAAGGGCUAAAGUGUUAAACCGCUUCAAGAAUGGAACGGUAAUUUCUCACGAUCUAUUUAUUCACGUCAAUUUAGUGUUUCAGCGAAAAAUCUUCAUAAAAAAUGUUUUGAAAAAGAAUGGACUUUGGUUCAAUGCUCAGGAAGUGGUCUUGGAAACACAUGAGCUUGAACCCCAUCUAGCCCGAUACAAAAAAGCCCUUGCUCAUCUCAAGAAGGCACUUAUUGCAAACAAGACCAUUGACUCAUCAGAUGAUCAAGCGCUUUCUUAUGAAUACGCUGAGUGUUUAGCAGCACAGGCGUUUCUCCGAAUAGCACACCUAAGCUAUUUUGUAAAACAAAGACCAAACGCUGAGUUCAUUUCGCCUACAGGGAAGAUCCCUCUCCUGAGAAUUCGACGCACUCUUAUCCCUGAAUUCAAUGGAAUCGUGGAUUUUGUGGCUAAAAAGGGUAUCAAACUAUGUUCUCAUCUGAACGAUGCGCAGAUAGCCGAAAUGCGUGCACACAUGUCAAUCAUGGAUGUUUUAUUGCGCAAAGUUGAGAUGUAUGUUAUGUGGAAACAUGACGACACGUAUUCUAAACUUACACGAUAUCGCUAUGGUUCUGUCUAUAAGUGGCCCUUGAAUCGGAUUCUGCCAGCACUUAAACGAAGGGAAAUUCUUUUAAAACUUCAGGAUAAUGGAUGGGCUGACAAGAGCACAGAGGAGGUACUAGAGCAGUACGACAGGGCGCUGCGUGCAUUAUCAUCACAGUUGGGAUCGAAACCGUAUCUAUUUGGCAAUCAACCAACUGAAGCAGAUGCUCUACUGUUCGGUCAUCUUUUCACGAUAAUCACAAUGACGUUGCCCUGCAUGGAUCUGAAAAAUGCCAUCCUUAGUUAUACGAAUCUGCAGGAUUUCGUCACUCGUGUUGAAAAUGAGUACUUUAAAACAUAA